UAUAAGCGCGUCUACCCGUGCGCGCUAAAAUGGACGAUUAUAACUUGCCUCCUGAUGAGGCCCAGGGGUUUUCCCCCACAUUCAUCAGCAGAACGUCUGCAUUCAAUGUCAAGGCUUGAGCCUGAGGCGUGCGCUGGAACUUGAAAGGCAGGACGGAGACAGAGAAAGAGGAAGAUCAUCACCAAAGAAGACCAGCCGCAGCUCUUGUCAGCAGUUCAGCUUUGGAGCUGAAAAAAUCUUGGGUGGAAUUGGUGAUGCGCCCAAGCGGGGCUUUCAGUGGUCUGUAUUUGAAGUUGCCGGGAGCCAGCACAUGCUAGAAGAACUGCUGAUUGAGGGUAUGCAACAAUUGACGGGCGCCAAGUCGAACUGAAGAAAGGGCGGAGGGGAUCACCCGAUUGAGGCAUCCCAGGAUACUCGAGCAAUCUUCGAAUCAAAACAUAUAAUCAAAGCCCUUCGUAGAAGCUUGGCGUUGACAGGCCAGUUGUCUUUGCAGGACCCUUUGCCGGCAAGGCGACAAACUGAUUGUAACGGCAAUAUGCGGAGGAGUUCUAUCUAGACUUGCCAUGUUUGCCUGAGGAAUUUCUUGCCGCCUCGUCAGGAUGUCCGGCAAAGAGACCGGGCUCGAGCCUUUUGUCGAUCAGCCCGUGUCUGUGAUUACAAAUGAUGGUCGCAAUAUUGUUGGAAUCCUGAAGGGUUUUGAUCAGGCGACGAACUUGAUACUGGACGAAUCGCAUGAGAGGGUCUACUCAACAGCGGAAGGCGUCGAGCAGCUGGUUCUGGGACUGUAUAUCAUCCGGGGGGACAAUGUAGCUGUGGUUGGAGAACUUGACGAGGAACUGGAUUCAAAUCUGGACCUGGGUCAGAUCAAGGCUGAGCCCUUGAAAGCGAUCUCACACUAGGCCUGGAGCAAGGUGCGUUUUGUCCGAGUUGUGUCUGUAAGGUCGAAGUUGUGUUCUCCAAACUGUGAUUCCUUGCAAGUCAGCUUGUAAAACCACUACCAAAGCUGGAGGUAAAAGGGCGGCAGCGGAUCAAAAGCGUUGCGCUACUGAAACCGCUGUCAUGUCUUAAUGCGAAAAGUCGCCUGUGAACAAGGAACUUGCGCUAUUAAACGGGCUUCCCAAUUCUGAAUCAGUCAAUGUGCAAUUUGUCCACGGCAAAAACCUGUUAACAUCUCUGCAUCAAAGUCUUGACAAGGGGG